UUGGACUUUGACGGGCCAGAGCUCAUAUGCAGCGAGCCGCGCCUGCAUAUGCGUGUGAUGUAAGGGAACCCUGCGUGGUGGCAGCUAAGGCGACGCCCCCUCCGCCCUCGACGUCCUCCAACCAGCACGCCAAUAGCGGACCCGAUGGAAGACGCCCGCUACAGCGUAUUCGCAUGCAGUCGCACCGACCCCCUCGCGUCCGCGCUCUACGGCGCACGAGUCGAGCGCGGGCGUGGAGCAGCCGGCAUGGACAUGCGUCGGGGCUGCCAAUCACCACCGGCCACGUCAGGAAGCCCAGUAGAGCCGUUAUCGGGAAGUGGACGGAGCAGGCUAGCCACGACGGCGCCGUGCAGCUCGUGGGGUGCGACACGACCGCGUGAUUGGUCGGCUCUCGGCUUCACCGGUCUCGCAUACUGCUCGCGUCCACUCCACCUGCUCUUCGACGGCCUCAACAAAGUUCAACAAAUAGACAAUUCCCAGUCAUUGACCACGGCUCCAGCACUAGCCCGCUGCGCCUCUCCCUUGCGUCGUGACAAACUGGUCCGGCAACGUCGGCCUCGGUCUACACGCAGCAUUAUAACGGCUGCCAAAAAAGCAUGCGGCCAUCUCGCAGCAGCACCAGCAGCAGAGCCGCUUGUCACCAAGCCUUUGCAUGAUCCGCCCGACGUGCUUUACAUGCUUUACAUGCAUCGCCUUGGCGUCCCGCCCCAGCUACAGGGCGUGCUGCAGCUUGGGGCUAUGUCACUUCGAUUGCGCCUCCUCCCACUGUGCUAAUUGUGGCUGACGCAAUUCUCCAUAUUUGUCAUGUAGCUUCUUCGAGAUGCCCUAUAUCAGACGAUACUGCUGUUCUAAGAACAUGCCGUCUAAGCGCAAUCGUGCAUAGACUGCUUUUGGGUUCGACAGUGCAUUUAGC